UCUAGCAACCAUGAAGAAAGAGCACAAAGCAGCGUUCAGCGGGCUGCUGGCUUCCUCGUGGUUUCUUGUGUUCAACUCAUGUCUAUGUUAUCGUUGAGUUUAAUCGGCAAGAUAUACUGCAUUUCGUGCGUGACGUUUGUUGUUGUGUUCGCUAUUCGUCUGACGACGCAAAAGCUGUUGUGCCAGUGCCGUGACUACAUGCCGUACAACUUGCCGGACCAGCCCGGACUAGGACCAUGCCGAAAUUGGUGUCUCAUGUCAAGCACGCACACAAGAAAAGGCGAUGCAGCAUUUGCAGCGCAUCACUUCACGGUAUAUGUGAAAGCAUACUUCGGCAAAUAAGGAAUGCAUCAGAAGGACACCACGGGACGCUUCAGAGUCUGGAUGUACCAUAUCUGAUGAAAAUCUUGCACCACAGAGGCUGCUCGAUGGAUGGAUGGAUGGAUUACAACCCUGAUGAAGCAGGGAAGUUCAAGGGAACAACAGGUGCACGACACUAUCAUUGCUGGACAAAAUUGAGGUUGAACAGAAAGAUGCCGCACAGGGAACGAGCAUGUCACUCAAACUGUUUGACCGGAAAACCUGGAGCAAGAGGAAACUUCCGCACAAGACUACAAAAAAAAGUAGACUUAGAAGUCCAUGUAUACGGGAGAGCACCUUUGGUGGAAGAGGCUUGUCGGCCGACACUGUUAUUUGAUUCACCUUGGGGUUGACAGUUUUGUUCCUGAGAACUUCAUGUGCGUACAGCGGGGCAGAAUCAACAACAAGUUAGUCAACAAUUUGAUGCAGCCUUUCUGGACACAAGAUGGAACGGCGACUAGUUGCUAUUCAGGGCAACCGUAGCAGAGAGCAGGCAUUCAUGCGCUCGUCACAGGCAACACCAGAGAAGUUGGACUCCAUUACAUAAAUGGCAUGCCACAUUGAGGGCCACCAGACUGACCUUGUAAAAGAAGCAAAGCUAGAACUAGUCAGGUGAAUCUUUGGAGAUUUGGUUUUGGAGAUGUUGCCCAGCAAGGUAAAAACAGAAAAGUGACACAAUAAAGAAAAUAAAUCUGGGAAUAGUGAAUGAGUUCUUAUGUAUUUCUCGGUCUACACCACGAUGCAUGCAGAUUAGGGCCAGACAAAACUGUUUGUGCCUCUCAGGAUACGACACUGCGUGCAGAGCAGGAUUUGCAAAAGCCGAUGGGCCUGCACCCAUGUGACCACACUGGACUCUCCAGUAAGACCAG